AUGUCACUGCUAACCUUCAAGUCUAUCUUAUCUUCCUUUCGAACAACAUUGGUUACGCCUUUGGAUGAUUUUUACUCACGAGAAGAUCCGCUGUUAAAACAUACCCGAGAGUAUGAGGACGCUUAUUCCAAUUUAUUGGAAUUAAUAUCUAACUCUGGGCGAUCUGAUAUAUAUCCUCAUUUAUCUGACUUGUUCCUCUUUGUCGGUUCAAUACUGGGAAAAGAGUUAUAUGAGGGCUAUGAUUCUCGGCUGGGAGGUAUUAUUAAUGGAGCUAAGGCUCUUCUCCAUGCCCUACUUUUGCUUUUUGAUACAUCCUCCGCCAGAUAUUUGCUACUAUUCCCAUCUAAUCAAUUGGAUCCUUCCUCAAUUCCGAUAGCGCAGAACAUAACUCAUAUUUGCACCAAAGCCAUUGCAACUACACGGAUAGAUAAUCAGCCUGUUCUAUUUUCUCGCCUCCCGAUGUGCCAAAAUGCGUUAGUCUGGCUUGGCAUGCAACUUAGCUAUCCAGAAUUAUCUGAUCCCCCAUUUAUGCAUGUAUUUCAACCCCUUUGUCUUCAACUUACUGAAGAUUUUCGGGAGGAUGCUAUAAAGUGUGGUUUCCAAUUGCUUGAACAUUUUUCUAUUAAUUGUCGGACCGCUGACUGGCGGGAUAACAGCCGAGCGGAAGCUGUCCUUUCCCAAUUGCUCAACAGACGUUUUAUCAGUGAUCCCAAUUCGUCUAGUGCUGUUCUUCAGUCUCUGUUUAAGUCUUUCGAAUUCAUCUUCCAGACUUGUAGAACUAAAUACAUUUCUUCUAAUGGUUCAAUGUACGAGACACAUUGUAUCCUCCUUCUGGCCGUUGUUCUCAUCGCCUUUUGUGCUCGUCCGGCUCAUACCUCUCUUAGUCUCUUUUAUUGA